AUGAAAAUGAACGUUGAUCUGGAAUCGUUGGCAGAGGCAACCUCAGGAGCCAUAGGAUCACUUUUGAGCACAACCAUCUUGUACCCUCUUGACACUUGCAAGACCAAGUUCCAAGCUGAGGUUCCUUCCCAUGGUCACCCGAAGUAUAGGAACCUCUCUGAUGUGUUGUGGGAAGCAAUAUCUACCGGUCAGGUGCUUUCCCUUUACCAGGGGCUUGGAACCAAAAAUCUUCAAUCUUUUGUUUCACAGUUUGUUUACUUCUAUGGGUACAGCUACUUCAAAAGAGUGUAUCUUGAUAAAAGUGGUUCCAAAUCCAUUGGAACCAAAGCAAACUUGGUAAUUGCUGCUGCUGCUGGCGCCUGCACAGCCAUUGUAACUCAGCCCCUGGAUACAGCCUCUUCAAGGAUGCAGACAAGUGCCUUUGGAAAGUCCAAAGGGCUAUUGAAGACCCUUGCAGAAGGCACCUGUAGUGAUGCAUUUGAUGGCCUAGGCAUUUCCUUGCUGCUGACCUCAAACCCUGCAAUUCAGUAUACAGUGUUUGAUCAAUUGAAAGAGCGAGCACUGAGGAAUAUAAGAGACGAAGAUGAUAAAGGAUUAUCUCCAGCAUCCCUUUCUGCAUUUAUGGCAUUUCUUCUAGGUGCUAUUUCGAAGAGUGUUGCUACUGUUCUAACAUAUCCUGCUAUCAGGUGCAAGGUCAUGAUUCAAGCCGCAGACAUAGAUGAACUAACCUCCAAAAGAAAGAAAAAAUUACAGAAAACAGUGUCUGGAGUUCUCUAUGCAAUAUGGAAAAGGGAGGGUAUACUGGGAUUUUUCAAAGGAUUGCAGGCUCAGAUCUUAAAAACUGUUUUGAGCUCAGCACUGCUUUUAAUGAUCAAGGAGAAAAUCUCUGCCACUUCUUGGUUGCUUAUACUUGCUGUUAGAAGGUAUCUGUUGCUUCCAAGGGGUAGACUAAGAAAUUUAUAAUAGCAGUCAUAGAAGGAAGAUGCUUCAAGCCAGUGUGGAUAACAGAUUAUGUUGGAGCAUAAUGCGAGUAUUUCUAAUGAUAAAUCAUUUUAAAGCCGUGACUUGGUUGUUUUUGUGGCUUCUAUUUUGCGCUCUUCCUAAAGUUUAUUAAUGUAGAAAAAUUACUACAAUAAAUUGUGGAAAAGGCUGGUCAAGAAAAGCAAGGGAAAAGUCUUCAAAAUUAGUGAACUUUGAGUUUUAUAUUUUUUUUUUCUAUAAACUUGUUUCUAGUAGGGUCCAGCCUCUCAGAGGUGUAGCUUGGGAGCCUUAUAAAAAUAAGUACCUCUUUCAUAUGUACUCCCUUUAUUUUCAGAUUAAUGAAGUUUGGAUUAUUUCCUUAGUUUCUGAUGUGAUGGAUAUUUUUCAAAAUCCGUUGUGAACUCUAGGGUGAUUGCUUAUGUAAUACUUUGCCCAUUCCACCUGCAACUCUAUGUCAUUUAUUCUAUCAAAUAUGCAGAGGGUUGGAGAGAUCUAUUGCAAAAUUGAGUUUCUUUAUUUUUUGCUGUCUUCUUUUCUCUCCUUUUUGUCGUUUAGGAGGAUAGCUGAGCCUCUAGUCUAAUGGAUAAUUGCACUCUUUUUCUGCUUCUUAAAAUUUCUUCUAUAAACAUGAAAAUCCAUCUUAUUUGGGUUGCUUGAAUCUUACAUUUAUCUCCCUUCUUAUCACUCUGCUUUGUAUCUAUAGCUAUGCCAUAUCUGUCCUUGUUGUUCGAUACAUUAACAUGUUUCUAUUGCUCGGUGUCUUUGUUCUUAUCAUUGUUUUAUAGUGGACUUUCAGGAGGUUUCUUUUCUUUUUUUCCAGUAAUCUGAAGGGUAUCUUCCGGCCAUAACUGAAGACUAAUCCCCAAUCGAACACUGUCGGACCCUUUCGGGGGCGGCUCUCCCAAAUCUUUUUUUUUCAUUCGCAGGGCUCGAACUCGAGACCUCUGGUUAAGGGACCCAGGCUCCUUACCACCUGUGCCAAAGGAGUUUGGUUCAGGAGGUUUCUUUUCCUCAUGUACAAUAGUGGUUUGGAUGUCUUUUUGAAUCGGAACUUCUGUUCAUAAGAAGUGCAGAAUCCAUGGUUGGGCCAAAGGGAGAGAUACUGCUAUAAUUGAAAAUAAUGAAGACAAGCUAAGAACUGCCUUAAUUAAUUGUUUUACACUCUGCUAGCUAAUGGUAGUUAGGAACUUAGGAUAACUAGAUUAACUAUUUUGCA